AUGCUUCUAACGAUUUACGGAGUGAUACUUCUCUGGAGAAUGGACAGCAUGGUUGAGAGCACUAAAGUUUUCUUUAGGAUGUACAAUAAGAUGGCCAUGAUCAUCAUCAUCAUGGCCAUGAUAUUUAUUGGAGCUACAAAACGUAACGAACCGAGCUCCCCUCCCCUUAAUGUCACAGAUUUUUCCAACGGAGACUGGUCUCCGAAUAUGGAUAGAUUAUUUGCGUUCCUACCGCAAAAAGUUGUCAAGAACAACAUGCGAUAUCAAACAACAUCCCCACUGAGUAGGGUUGGUCCAACAGUAUCUCUUCGCGAUGUUGAACCAAAUUUUGUUGGUCCCAUCGACAAUGUGACUGUUGCUUUGGGAAGAGAAGCUGUUCUUACUUGCUCGGUGUCGGACAUAGGAGACUACAAGGUGGCAUGGAUUAGAGCUGAUGACCAAACAAUCUUGACAUUGCACACCCGUUUAGUAACCCACAGUUCAAGAUACGCUGUCACUAAUGAUUCUCCUGGCUCCUGGCAACUCCACAUCAGACCACUUAAGGUUGAGGACCGAGGCUGUUACAUGUGCCAAAUAAAUACAAGUACUAUGAAGAAACAAAUAGGUUGUGUUGACGUAUUAGUUCCACCAAAUAUAGUUGAUGAAGGUACGAGUGGAGACAUGGUUGCUAGAGAAGGUACAGAUGUCAGCAUUUCAUGCAAAGCUGAUGGCAGACCAUUGCCUCGUAUCCUGUGGAGAAGAGAAGACGGAACAAAUAUACAAUUGAGGAAUGAUGCUGGAAAGCUUCAUAAAGUUGAUAUGUACACCGGAUCUUCACUCAACCUUACAAAGGUGGAGAGGAGGCAAAUGGGUGCAUACUUAUGCAUAGCAUCCAAUGAUGUGCCGCCUUCGGUAAGCAAGAGGAUUAUGCUCAGCGUAAAUUUUGGCCCAUCCAUAUUGAUAGCUACAAAAGUUAUUGGAGUGCCAACGGGCUCUCAAACUGAGCUCCAGUGUCUUGUUGAAGCCUAUCCCCCCGCUAUCAAUUACUGGUUGAAAAGUGGAGAAGAAAUGAUUCUUUCCGGUGAAAAACAUGACAUUCGCGAGGUUCGGCUCUCAGCAUAUGAAGUACGUACAAUAUUAACUAUAUCGGACUUUAGUAGCAAUGACAUUGGAACCUAUACAUGUGUUGCAACAAAUACAAUAGGAAAGGCCGAGGGCACUUUAAGACUAUAUGAAAUUAAGAUAACUACAACAACCACCACAACAACAACAACUACAACUACUACUACGACCACCACCACCACACCAAUCCCGACAACAACAGAAUUGUUGCCAGAAACACCUCCACCUAUCGUAGUGCCAUUACAGCCAGCUGAACAAAAAUUUUAUACGCCAGAUGUUACGACAUAUGAUACUAUGCAAAAUGUAAUAGAACAAUCUGUCCUCGACAACAACUGGUUACCGACCGUGGAGUCUUCGAGCCACCGCCAUUACGCGCCAGAGUUCCCUACAGUUGCCGUCAUUUCAGCAUUGCCACAAAUUUUGCUAUGCAAUACUCGUUAUCUCAAAUUGCUCCUUACUAUUGUAAUGGCUAGUUACUAUAUAUUAAUAGCUCAAGGUGCAAGAUGA